AUGCCUGAUCAGCAAAUAAGCAACGGAGGCCCGGCGUCGGCAGAAGGUCGCGCCAUCAUGAACGUCACACGAACCGUAAUGAGUAAUCUCGAAGACCAGCAUGACUGGACUCAGGUCAAAAUCCACGACGGUCAGGACUUCCCACGCCCACUCGUUCGGGGACUACCGCCCAAGAGGCUCUACCUACACCCGGACGAUCAAAUUGAGGCGCUUUCUCACGAGCACAAAACCGGCGAGAAACUAUUCCAGGAUCCCGAAUUCGAAUGGGUUCUGCCUGUUCAUCUGACUGAGAAAUGGUCUCUCGCCCGUUUUGCCGCCGUCUUCGACUCGAUCCCUCAAGAGCCCAGCAGAAGAGCAAAGAGAUUCGUAUUGGCCUCGCUCCACAACGACUCUACUGUCGUCUACUAUCUCAUGCAUGAGGGGAUGGUCAAGCCUCGACAGAACUGA